AUGGAGAUGGCGUCCGGUCAUGAAGAUCUCACAAAGAGAUUAUUUGAAGCAUCCAUAAGGGGGUGUGUAGCCACUUUAGAUAUAUUGCUCCAAAAAGAUCCACUCCUUCUUGAUAGAAUUUCCCUCACAUCCUCCAUUGAAACGCCUUUACACAUAUCAUCUUUGCUUGGUCAUGUUGACUUCACUGGAUCUCUUCUUCUUCACAAACCAAAACUCACAGCUGAAUUGAACUCACAAGGACAGUCUCCCCUUCACUUGGCUUCUGCUGAGGGCUACGUCGAGAUUGUAAAAGACUUGCUAAGUGUAAACGCUCAAGUUUGCUUGGUCUUUGAUCAAUUUGGACGAAUUCCUCUCCACUUGGCAGCCAUGAGAGGACGAGUAGAUGUCAUGCAACUGCUGAUCAGUGCAUGCUCCACAUCAAUCCAAAUGAAAUCAAAAUAUGAACAACAUACUGUUUUGCACUUGUGUGUUCAAUAUAACCAUUUAGAGGCUCUUAAAGUGUUGACAAUGCGAGGGAAUGUUGAUGGGGAGUUUCUCAAUUCAGCAGAUACGAAUGGCAACACCAUCCUGCAAUUGGCUAUGAUGAUGCAGCAAGUCGAGACCAUAAAAUACUUGGUUUCCAUACCUGAAGUGAGAGUGGAAGCAGAUAACUUGGCUACAAUUUUCACAAAUCCAUUAAGUUUUGAUAGCAAGUCCAUUCAAGAGCACUGUAGUAUUGCAGAACCUAAAUCGAUGCGUAUAAAAAGACCAUCAAAUUAUCAAGAUGCAGCCUCACCUCAACCCCAAGUUCUGGUUCACGAUGAAGCUCAACCAGAUAUAUAUAAUCAUUUGAUGAAUUAUCUAGACUACCAAGGUAACUGGAUGGAAAAGACACGGGGUAAUCUGAUGGUAGUGGCUACUGUGAUUGCAUCCAUGUCUUUCCAAGCUGUGAUAAACCCACCAGGUGGAGUUUGGCAAGAUGGUCAAAGCAAUGAUUGUCCAAAUGGCAAACAGUGCAAAGUUGGAACUGCAGUAUUGAGCUCAACAGAUGAGUUAAAAUACAACAUAUUCAUAGCCUCCAACACCAUCUCUUUCUCUGCAUCUCUGGCCAUCAUUUUUCUGCUUAUGGGUGGAUUUACUCUCAGGAACAAGGCUGCAAUGUUCAUUAUGUUGUUUGCCAUGUGUACCACAGUGCUCUUUAUUGCAGGCACAUACCUAACCUCAAUAAUUUUGGUUGGAAAUCCAGACGACAACACCAUCGUCCAGAUUGAAUACCUUUAUUUGAUGUUUUGGGUUUGCUUGCCUGCUUUCAUUAUUGUGUACCAGAUAGUUAGCUUUGUGGUUAGGGUUAUAAAGAAACUGCUUAUUGGUGCCUUUCAUGUAAUAAUAUAUCCAUUUCGACUCAUGUUUCGUGUGCCAAGAGGUGGUCUGGCGACGGAGAAGCCAACAACCGGUGUUUGA